AUGAUCUGUUCUCGUGUUUUGGGAUCUGGGAUGGCGGACUCGUGGCCAGCUCGGGGCUCUAUCUGUGAGACUCCUGCAUGGUCUGCUUUGCAGGACCUGCCCAUCACCAUGGCCACAGGACGAGUCCUGCUAGGCUCUCUGCUGCUCCUGAUCCUGCACUUGGACCUCCGCGGGGGCCCUGGGGCCUGGGGGGCUUCGGUGGCAGAGGAGGAGCUCUUGUCUGAGCCAGUGGUGGACAGAGGGAUCCGGAGGCCACAGCUGGGUAAGGACCCCCAGAACCCCGUGCGCUCCCCGACUCCUGCCCGCCCAGACCCUGCCCGCUCUCAGCUGCCCCUUGUCCCCGCAGGCGCCCGCCCGCGCCGAGCCCUGGCCGGCCCGUGCCAGCUGUGGAGCCUACCCUUGCCCGUGGCCGAGCUGGGCUUGGGCUACACGUCGGAGGAGACGGUCAUCUUCCGCUACUGUGCCGGCAGCUGCCCCCGCGGCGCCCGCACCCAGCACGGCCUGACGCUGGCCCGGCUGCGGGGCCAGGGCCGAGCCCACGGUGGGCCCUGCUGCCGCCCCACCCGCUACGCCGAUGUGGCCUUCCUCGACGACCGCCACCGCUGGCAGCGGCUGCCCCAGCUCUCGGCGGCAGCCUGCGGCUGCGGCGGCUGACAAUGCCCGGCCUGGGGCCCUGCAGCCGCUGGAGGAGCUCAGCUGACUUAUUUAUUGGAGGCUUG